GGACGCGAUUCCCGUAAAUUUUGAUCGGUGUCAAACUUCCCGCUGCCUGCGUUGCGAGUUGCAAGGAAGCAAUCCCGUGUUGCGACAACCACGAGAACCAUCGGCCAUUGAAUCGCGAGCAUCGCCCACGCGCCAGCAACUCCGGACCGGACCUGCCCUCUGCUCCCCAGCCCAUCCAUCACCGGCCCAGGUGAUUCAUUCACCCGGCACCACCGGCCUGCCCUGUGCUGUUGACAUUGCUCUCAUUGCUCUCACUGCCCAUUGCUCGCUCGCUCCGGAUCGGUCCUGUCCACAACAUCGCGCACCGCACCGCACCGCACCGCACCACAACACACCGCACCUCCCCCUCCCCCUCAACAAGCCGAUCGAAGGUAGGCGCUUUCCCAGCCACCUUCACACCGUCGCCCACCCCAACCCAACCCACCUUGCAACCUCUGCGCAUCGCCAUCGACCCAAACUCUAUUUGCACAUCGCAACUACCUAUUGUUGCGCAAACGCUCACAGGCGCCCAACCUGUGCUCCGACAUCCCAUCUGCCCCGACGCGAUCCCUUCCUUUUCAUCUAAAGACCCCGCAAAACACACACAACCUGGUCGUCAUGGCUUCCUCCGCUCGCAAGAGGCCAAGACAGGAGCCCGAGGAUAACCGGGCCGAGUGCCCAUUCAAGAUCGACGUCGUCAACCCAGAUGACAAGGAUAGCAAGAGAAAGUCAAAGAAGCGCAAGACCGAGGGCGAGGAUGAGGAUGCCACGGCCAAGGUCAACCUCCAGAUGUCGCCCUUCGCGCCCUGCGGCAAGUUCAAGAAACAUGAGACGAUGGACUUGUACUUCAAGGUCAGCCCUCCGAAGAAGUGGACCGACAUGACCAGGUACAACAGUUUUGUUCUCAAUGGGGUGAAGUACUUUAGCGAGGGCUUCAUCUAUGUCGCCAAUGAUUCCAGUAUCGAACGGCAAAAGGCUGCCAAUGACAACAAGCCGAUGCAAAUCAGGAAGAAGUCGGAUGACGACUGGGUGGCGCGAAUUCUCGAGAUCCGUGCGAGCGACGAGCACCAUGUUUACGCUCGUAUUUACUGGAUGUACUGGCCAGACGAGCUUCCUGCAGGCACUCUUGACGGGAAGAAGUUUGUUCAAGGGAGGCAGCCAUACCAUGGAAUGAAUGAGUUGGUCGCGUCGAAUCACAUGGAUAUUAUCAAUGUGGUCAGUGUAACGUCUCAGGCGACGGUCAGGCAGUGGUUUGAAGAGAACGACGAGGAGAUUCAACACGCGCUUUACUGGCGACAAGCUUUUGACGUCAGGAGCUACGAACUCUCGUCUGUUGAUUUGGUUUGCCUAUGCAAUACCCCAGCGAACCCCGACAGGAAACUACUCGGGUGCACAGUGGAGGCGUGCAAGAAGUGGAUGCACGAAGAGUGUAUCAUUGAAGACGCUCUCCAGUCGACAUACAAGCGACUCGGUGCCGACAAGCCACAUCUGCCCUCUGAGCCUAUCAAGAAGGCCGAGAGCGAAAUCGAAGGCCAGCGUCCGCUAAGCCCAUCCGAUACCGGCGCCGCCGUUUCUGCCCAACAUUCGAUCGACGUCAAGGCCGAAGCAGAGCCAGCACAGAAUGGGAGCGGCAACGUGGACGUUAAGCAAACAGAGGAGGAAGAUGGUCCUACUGCUCCCGAGGAUGCUGCACCCUCCUCAGGUCGUCGUUCAGCGAGCGCAGCCGCCGGCACAGGCACCCCCAGCACCAAGCUGGUUCUCAAAUCAGCGUCGGGUCGGAAGGGUGGGAAGCCGAAAAAGAAGGGGGAGGCAAACGGAGAGACCUCACGGCCAUGGGAGGGGCUCUUUGAAGUCACUCUCAACACAGAAAAGAACGGGCCUCCAGUGCUGGAGUUCAGAGACCUGCGGGAGGGCAUCGUUGGUGGCGAAAAGACGUGGACUGAGCCCGUCAAGUGCCUCCUCUGUGCAACAACGGUUAACUAGAAGGCUGUCCGUGCUUGUCUGCCGCAGAGGGUCAUACGCUCCCGGGACUCUGCGGCAAGAGCGGACAAGCCUCUGGAGCCAAAGUCCGAGACACCGCCUAUCAAGCCGAAGAGUGAGUCGCUGGAGCCAUCUCUGCCCUCGGCCGUAGAGAAUUCUGACGAAGAACUCAUCAGAAUCCAACUUGGGCUCGAUGCCCACCCUGGACCCGCGUCAGAAGAGCGCAUCAAUGGAGUAUCCUUCUCCCCCCUUGAACUUUCCCGAACCCCUUCAGCAUGGGCAUCACCUGUUAUAAACGAAAGCAACCGGCACGUCUCAGCUACCACGCGCCGAGCCAGAAGUCCGCCCUUGGAAUUUGAGAAACAGGAUGACAUUGUCCAGGCUAGCAUUGAAAUCAAGCCCGAGGAUGGGGCGGAACAAGGUCGGGCUUGUAGAACUGAGGCAACCUCUUCAGCAUCAGUUAAACCGCAAUUCAGUUCGUCCGACAUUGAGAGGGAGGAAUACAUGACAUUGUUACGGCCUUCUCCUUUACCACCAGACCACAUGCCGGCAUCAUCAAACUACUAGGAAUUUUGGCCGUGGGUGAAUGACUUAAAGGGCUUGAGACUGCGAGGAGGCCAUCUGGAGUCUGAUGACCAGGAGGGCACUUGUGAUCACGGUGGUGACGGGGCAGAGUUGGAAGAAUCACUCCGGCAGAAGAUGGAAGAAAUGCAGAGACUUGUUAAGCAGCAACAGGAACAGAUGGUGGAC